AUGGCGUCCAGCAGCUCGAAGCCUGCGGCUGCAGACCCCGGAGUCGAGGGUUGCAGGAUUCUUGUAGCAGCUGCGAAGCGGGGCCCCUGCCUUCGGAGGAACGUGGUCAGUGAGCGAGAACGCAGGAGGCGGAUCUCCCAGAGCUGUGAGCACCUGCGGGCCCUCUUGCCGCAGUUCGAGGGCCGACGGGAGGACAUGGCCUCUGUCCUGGAGAUGUCUGUGCGGUUCCUCCAACUUGCCCACAGUCUGGCCCCCAGCUGGAAGCCGCUUUUUAUCCCUCCACCUUCCCAGGAUACGUGGCACACGUGGGAGAGCGAUGCUGGGCAGGUGACCCUGUCGAGUCAGAUCACAGACAGCAAGCCCGACCCUGAGACAGCAGCAGUGUCAUCUGUCGUGACUCAGGUGCAGGAACCCCUAUGCUGUGGGCCGCAGGGUGUAGACAAGAGCCAGACCUUGGUGAGAGUGUCAGAGUUGCUGGAGAGACCACCCUCCUGCCCAGGUAACCCUAAGAUCAUGUUGUCUUGCCAAGGGUGGACCAGGAUUGACCUCUUCUCCCCAUCAGAGCCUUCCAACAUGAGUCCUGGGCUCCCAGCCUGGAUUCCUCACUCACAGCAGUCGACCUCCCCACAUAAGAGUGAAGAUUUUCCUGAUGAGUUGUACCAGGCUGGGUCCCUGGCCAGGGACACUGAAUCUCCAGAUAUGCUACUCGAAGAGGAGUCUAGCUUGGACCUGACACAUGUGCCAGAUGCCAGGUACACCGCAGGGUCCGACUUGGAAGACAGAGCAUCCUUUCUGCUGACUGCCAGCUCUGAUUGGUGGUCGGGGUUGGUGGCAGGCAGAGGAGGCACAACCCUAGCCAGAAGCAGUCCGAUUGACUGGACAGAGCUGGAGUUCACGGUGGACUCGGAGUCUAGCUCCCAGGAGCUCAAGGCCAGCCCUCCGGAGCUGUGGGGCUUGGACCUGGGCAGCAGCUGCAGCCUGGCCUUGAAGGAUGACAUGGACAGCCUCUUUCCUGAUUUCUUCCCCUGCUAG